UAUACCGACCGUAUAAAAUUAUGAUGAUGUUAUUGUCGCCGUUGUUGAUAUAAUCCGCUAGGAGCGCGACGCUCUGUUCGCCUUAAUUUUCAAGUUCACCACCCGUUACGGAAUACGGAUUGACCAUUAAAAUAGUUAUAGUGUUAUUCUUAUUGUUAUAGUUAUUGUUUUAUAGUGUUGAUUAAGUGAAUUAAGUUGUUGAUUUGUUAAUUAAGAAGUUAAUUUGUUCCGCGUGAAAAAUGCCAGGACAUCGCUGUAUUGCCCCCGGUUGUAAUUCCGGUUACGAUUCUUGUAAAGAAAAAUAUCAUUUUUUCACAGUUCCCAAGGAUGAUAUUCAAUUACGAGAAUGGACCAAAGCAAUUCCGAGGAAAGACUUUUUAAUAAAACCUCGUCAGGUGGUUUGUGAACGGCAUUUCCACGAAGAAGAAAUUUUAAGGAAACGAAUAAUGACUGACAAAGAUGGGGCAAUUUUAGCUGAGGCUGUAUAUAAAAUUCCGAAAUUAAAAGAAGGAGCUAUACCGUCAAUAUUUCCAAACUGUCCAAAAUACCUAUCCUACUCUUUAAAACGAAGGAAAUUACCAUUAAUUAGAAGUAGCUCACCUAAAAAAAAGAAAACCGACAAAAAAAAAGACCCACAAAUGGAUUGUGCAUUCAAUUCUAAACCAUGUAUAGAAAUUGCUAUUACUGAUUCUAUUAAUGAUUCAGUAGGGAUUUUCUCAUUCUCUAAACUUCAAGAAAAUGUUAAUAGCAUUGUUUUUCCAAGUGGAUGGAGCAGGCAUGACAUUCCUGGAAAGUUGAUAAUGUUUUCUUUUUUUAUUGUUAAAACAGAAGAAACAGCAAAUACAGAAAAUUAUAUUCCCACUCCUAUUUUAUAUAAAAGAGUAUGCUUAGGAGUAAAUUUAAAUGUUCAAUGUUUUGUUAUGAAUAUAUCAGUUAAUAAUGACCUUUUUGGAUUAAAUAGAUUAAAUUGUACUAAAGACUUAGAAGAUAUUUUAAAAAAAUUUGAUACUAGUGUCAUUUGCAAAGGAUAUAAAUUAAAAGAACAACUUCUACAUUCUAAAACAACAUUUACAGAUCCGGCUGGUAAUCUUAGACAUAUCAUGUGUCCACUCAUCUUGAACCAAAAUAAUGACUGUACAUAUUGUAACAAAGCUAUAAGGACUAUUAUGCGCAAAAGGCUCCGUUUACAAAAAAAUAAUACUACUCCAAAGAGAAUUCAUAUUUUAUCUAGUUCCAAAGUACAACAACUUCGUAAAAAUCACAAAUUAACAUUGCAAAGGAAAUAUCGAGCUGUAAUACUCAAUAAAAAGCUAAAAAAUAAAUUAUUUAAUAUGCAAGGUGAAAUGUCAAAACUGACCACAAUGGGGCUUGAAGAAAGGCUAACAACUAAUAAGAUACCUACUAAUCAACGGGUUGCCUUACAUGAAAUUUUGUCCGCAUCACAAGUCCUCAAUUUAAAAGGUCGCAGAUAUUCCGAAGAUUGGAUCCUUUUAUGUUUACUAUUUCAUAUGCGUUCACCAUGUGGCUAUAAUUUUGUUAGAAAUAAUGACAUUAUGCCAUUACCUUGUGUAAGGACCAUAAGAAGGUACCUAUCAUCUAUCGAUACACAAUGUGGGUUUGAUCCAAAAUUUCUACAGAUGUUUUCUCUUUAUAUGGUAUACAAUUGCCUUAUAUUUGCAGCAAUUUAUAUACUUAAUUUGAAGCAAAACAUUGAGUUCACAGGAGGAGAAGCUUCCCACUUUGCCCUUUCCACACAAAUGCUUAUGUACUAA